AUGUUUCCUUUACUAGGAACAAUAUUCUAUGUCGGCCUUCUCGUAGUAAAUGCAAUGGCAGUUCUCAGCGAGGACAGGUUUUUAGCGAGAAUCGGUUGGUCGUCUUCAAAACCCCAAAACGCUGCCUUCAAUCAGUACGACCAAAACGGUUAUGGUGCGCCUCCAGGGGAGGUAGGGAUGAAGGCCAAGUUGAUAGACUUAAUCAGCGCUGUACGGACGCUCAUGCGCAUACCGUUAAUUGCGUUUAACAUCAUCGUCAUUGUGUACGAGUUGGUACUGGGUGGAUAA